UGAAAGUAUGGCGCCUGCUGGCCCGCUGCUGGUUCUGUGUGAAGAGAAGAUCCGGGAGAGGAGCGGCCUGGCGCCUCACCGCGACCUGGCUGAACUUCGGUCAUUAUCGAUUCCCGGAACUUACCAAGAAAAGAUUACUCACCUAGGAAAUUCUUUGAUGAAUUUAACAGGCCUAAAAUCUUUAGACCUCUCUCGUAACUCCUUGGUGAGUCUAGAGGGCAUUCAGUACCUGACCGCACUAGAAAGUCUCAACCUCUACUACAACUGCAUCUCCUCGUUAGCUGAUGUGCUUCCGCUCCACUCCUUGACGCAGCUCACCGACGUGGACUUUCGGCUGAACCCUGUGGUGAAGAACGAAUCUGAGUACCGCCUCUUUGUGGUGCGCAUGCUCCCGAAGCUCAGGCAGCUGGAUGACCGUCCUGUGAGAGAGAGCGAGCAGAACGCGGCCCGGCUGCAUUUCGCGUCGGAGGAGUCACUGGACUCGAAGCAGAGCUCCCCGGCUGUUCUGCGAGUCGGAAGACCGCGCCGCUCCAGGGCCGUGCGCGCCGACCCCUCAGCCAAGAAGUGCCUGGUCAUGGACGCCGAUGAUGAGGCGGUCCUGAACCUCAUUGCCGAGUGCGAGUGGGGCUUGAGCAGCCCUCCCGGGAGCGCAGGCUCCGGCCAGCGGGGGCGAGAGGCCGACCGCCCUGGUUCCCAAGAAUCCAGACACCUGAUGAGUCCUCAGCCAAUGCAGUACCAGUGUGGGGGAUCCGCCAAGAAAGACCACGAGACGAGGAAAAGCAGCUCUCGAGGGUGUGCUCCGGAAAGGAGGCUGCAGAACCAGUACGGUGGGGAGGUCCCGCCGCAGUGCGGGCCACACGCCCGCUUUGCCCCCCACCCAGAUUCCACAGACACUGAGGAGUCCACCCUUUCUCAGAGGUCAAGUUUGUCAGCACAAAAGAUGUUAAAUCCAUUGCCCAAUCCUGAAAAAUAUAUGAAGCGAAGAAUGCCUGGCGGGAGAUUCCAGGCACCUGCAGACCAGGAGUGUCUGAGCGGCCUGGCAAGGCCCAGCGUGCCCUUGAGCCCCAAGGAGAGUCUGGGCAGGCAGAGUGGCUUGGAGGGCAGGAGCGAAAGGACCUUUUCUCGCUCAGCGGUGUCGGAGCUCGAAGAGGAGAGGCCCCACAGCGUGAGUGGCACUGGGGAGGUGUCUCCCAAACUGUACUCGGCUCCGCCACCUGGGACAAAGGCUGCCCUGGAAGUGGCGCUCCUGGAGGCACUCCUUGACCUGGUGGACAGGUACUGGAGCGGCUGCAAGUCCCUGCAUGGCAACCAGGUGUUCCGAGUUCAGGCAAAACAUAUUUUAUCAUCGUUGCAAGAAUUUACAGCAACUCAGGACAGUUCAGCAAUUGUGAGUGACGAAAUCAGUUACCUCACUCUGGAAAAUAGAUCUUUGCAAAAGCACCUGGCUGAGCAGCAGCAGCAGCAGCACGUGCAGAUGAGCGAGGCGGAGGCGGAGCUCGGCAGCGCGCGGAAGGAGGUGGAUGACUUGAGGCAGCGCCUGGAUAAAUCUCUGGAGGAGAACAGUAGCUUAAAGGCUCUUUUGUGCAGCAUGAAAAAAGAAGUAAAAAAUGCAGACACUGCAGCUACCUUAAAUUUGCAGAUUGCUGGACUUCAAACGAGUGUGAAGAGGCUCUCUGACGAGAUCGUGGAGUUGAAGCAGCACCUGGAGCACUACGACAGGAUUCAGGAGCUCACCCAGAUGCUGCAGGAGAGCCACAGCUCCCUGGUCGGCACCAAUGAGCACCUCCUGCAGGAGCUGAGCCAGGUGCGGGCGCAGCACAAGGCCGAGGUGGAGCAGCUGCACUGGAGCUACCAGGAGCUCAAGAAGACGCUGGGCCUGUUCCCGCAGGGCAGCGCCGGGCCUCAGAGGCUGCUGGGCCCCGGCACCCUCGCGCCCACCCCCGGCCUCUGCUAGGCCCCCGCACGGCCACCCCCGGCCUCUGCUGGGGCUCGCGGCCUGUGCAUCUGUGUUGCUUAGGAAACCUAGUGAAAUGUGGAAGCUCUUUGCAACCCGGUACCUGUGUGGUGAAGGCUGUGCCUCCUGUUGGUGAUUAGCUGAAGUGUUUUGAAACGCAUUCCGGUCCUGUAGCUCGAUUUUCUAAAACACCCUGGACAGACGGGCUCAGUCUGCCUGUGAUCGAGGCUCCAUCCGGGCAGCCCCGGGAGAGAUGCUGACCCGGACCGUCCCUCCGACCCCAGCACGCUGCUGCUGCUUCCUGAGACACGACGGGACUGGCAAAAAUUAAAAGGGGGGAUUAAUCCAAGCCCUUCACGUGUUUUGAAACAAGACAUAUUGAUGUUUUUUGAGACCAACAUCAUUAAUUUUCCAUGAAAUACCUUGAAAUAAAGUGUAGUAUUUUUCUUCCUAAAGGAAGAGAGCAGGAUGUGAUCAUUAAA